GGGCCCUCCCACUGUCCCCCGCGCCGCCUGACGGCCCCGGCCCUCGCUUCACCCCGACGCCCCGGCGUGCGCGUCCUCCCGUCGGCCUGCAGGCCCGGGGCCUCCGCCUGCUUCCCUGCCGCUGCUCCUCGCGGCCCCGACUCGCGUUCACGCUGUCGCCCGGGCCGGCGCGGCCGCGGGCAACCGCUCCCCCUCCCACACCCACCCCGCCCCCUCCCCGCCUUUUCCGCCCUCCAGUCCCCCUCCCUCGGCCCGCCGCCGCUGCUCCAGAUGAGGUGAUGGCAACGGCCAACUUCGGCAAGAUCCAGAUCGGGAUUUACGUGGAGAUCAAGCGGAGCGAUGGCCGAAUACAUCAAGCAAUGGUAACGUCUUUAAAUGAAGAUAAUGAAAGUGUAACUGUUGAAUGGAUAGAAAAUGGAGAUACAAAAGGCAAAGAGAUUGACCUUGAGAGCAUCUUUUCACUUAACCCUGACCUUGUACCUGAUGAAGAAAUUGAACCCAGUCCAGAAACACCUCCACCUCCAACAUCUUCAGCCAAAGUAAACAAAAUUGUAAAGAAUCGACGGACUGUGGCUUCUAUUAAGAAUGACCCUCCUCCAAGAGAUAACAGAGUGGUUGGUUCUGCACGUGCACGGCCUAGUCAGCUUCCUGAGCAGUCUUCCUCUGCACAACAGAAUGGUAGUGUUUCAGAUAUAUCUCCAGUUCAAGCUGCAAAAAAGGAAUUUGGACCCCCUUCACGUAGAAAAUCUAAUUGUGUGAAAGAAGUAGAAAAAUUACAAGAAAAACGAGAAAAAAGAAGACUACAGCAGCAAGAACUUAGAGAAAAAAGAGCCCAGGAUGUUGAUGCUACAAACCCAAAUUAUGAAAUUAUGUGUAUGAUCAGAGACUUUAGAGGAAGUUUGGAUUAUAGACCAUUAACAACAGCAGAUCCUAUUGAUGAACAUAGGAUAUGUGUUUGUGUAAGAAAACGACCACUCAAUAAAAAAGAAACUCAAAUGAAAGAUCUUGAUGUAAUCACAAUCCCUAGUAAAGAUGUUGUGAUGGUACAUGAACCAAAACAAAAAGUAGAUUUAACAAGGUACCUAGAAAACCAAACAUUUCGUUUUGAUUAUGCCUUUGAUGACUCAGCUCCUAAUGAAAUGGUUUACAGGUUUACAGCUAGACCACUAGUGGAAACUAUAUUUGAAAGGGGAAUGGCAACAUGCUUUGCUUAUGGGCAGACUGGAAGUGGAAAAACUCAUACUAUGGGAGGUGACUUUUCAGGAAAGAACCAAGAUUGUUCUAAAGGAAUUUAUGCAUUAGCAGCUCGAGAUGUCUUUUUAAUGUUAAAGAAGCCAAACUAUAAGAAGUUAGAACUUCAAGUAUAUGCAACCUUUUUUGAAAUUUAUAGUGGAAAGGUGUUUGACUUGCUAAACAGGAAAACAAAAUUAAGAGUGCUAGAAGAUGGGAAACAGCAGGUUCAAGUGGUGGGAUUACAGGAACGGGAGGUCAAAUGUGUUGAAGAUGUACUGAAACUCAUUGACAUAGGUAACAGUUGCAGAACAUCCGGUCAAACAUCUGCAAAUGCACAUUCAUCUCGGAGCCAUGCAGUGUUUCAGAUUAUUCUUAGAAGGAAAGGAAAACUACAUGGCAAAUUUUCUCUCAUUGAUUUGGCUGGAAAUGAACGAGGAGCUGAUACUUCCAGUGCAGACAGGCAAACCAGGCUUGAAGGUGCUGAAAUUAAUAAAAGCCUUUUAGCACUCAAGGAGUGCAUCAGAGCCUUAGGUAGAAAUAAACCUCAUACUCCUUUCAGAGCAAGUAAGCUCACUCAGGUGUUAAGAGAUUCAUUCAUAGGUGAAAAUUCUCGUACCUGCAUGAUUGCCACAAUCUCUCCAGGAAUGGCAUCCUGUGAAAAUACUCUUAAUACAUUAAGAUAUGCAAAUAGAGUAAAGGAGUUUGGAAUUAGUCCAUCAGACAUUCCCUUCUCACAGGGUAGUGGCAGUCGCCCUGAUCUCUCUCCUUCUUAUGAGUAUGACGACUUUUCUCCUUCGAUUACCAGGGUGAAAGAAUUGACUGUGGAUCCAACUGCUGCUGGUGAUGUCCGUCCAAUAAUGCACCAUCCACCAAAUCAAAUUGAUGACUUAGAGGCACAGUGGGGUGUGGGGAGUUCCCCUCAGAGAGAUGAUCUGAAACUUCUUUGUGAACAAAACGAAGAAGAAGUUUCUCCCCAAUUGUUUACUUUUCAUGAAGCUGUCUCACAAAUGGUAGAAAUGGAAGAACAAGUUGUAGAAGAUCACAGGGCAGUGUUCCAGGAAUCUAUUCGAUGGUUAGAAGAUGAAAAGGCUCUCCUAGAGAUGACUGAAGAAGUAGACUAUGAUGUAGAUUCAUAUGCUACUCAACUUGAAGCUAUUCUUGAGCAAAAAAUAGACAUUUUAACUGAGCUGCGGGAUAAAGUGAAAUCUUUUCGUGCAGCUCUACAAGAAGAAGAACAGGCCAGCAAGCAAAUCAACCCGAAGAGACCCCGUGCCCUUUAAAUCAGCAUUUGCUGCUAAAGGAUCCCCAGAACCCACACUGCUGUAAUAUACAAUGGUUCAGCUGUAAGGGCCAUUUGAAAGUUUGAAAUUUUAAGUGUCUGUGGAAAAUGUCUUGUCCCUUCACCUGAAUGACAUUUCAAUUUUGUGAACCACUCCUUUGUCUACAAAAUGCUUCUAGUCGAGGAGGCACAACCAAGAUUUGGGAAUAGUGAAGCAUUUUGUUUCAUUUACCCAGAUAGUGAUUUACUUUUGGAGAUCCUUGCCAAUUGUAUUUUCUGUAUGAAGUAAGGUUGUGGACUUGAUCCAGCGGUGAAGAGUAGGGGGAAGCCACAGCAUUUCCUUUUAACUUGGUUCAAUUUUCGUAGCAAGACUGAGCAGUUUUAAAUCCUUUGCGUGCAUGCAUACCUCAUCAGUGAUUGUACAUACCUUGCCCCCUCCUAGAGACAGCUGUGCUCACCUCUUCCUGCUUUGUGCCUUGACUAAGGCUUUUGACCCUAAAUUUCUGAAGCACAGCCAAGAUAAAUUACAUUCCUUAAUUGUCAUUGUAAAUUACCUUUAUUGUGUGUACAUUUUUACUGUAUUUGAGACAUUUUUUGUGUGUGACUAGUUAAUUUUGCAGGAUGUGCCAUAUCAUUGAAUGGAACUAAAGUCUGUGACAGUGGACAUAGCUGCUGGACCAUUCCAUCUUGUAUGUAAAGAAAUCUGGAAUUAUGAUUUUAAAACCAGAUAAUGUGGUUAUAAUUUUCUUAGCAUUUUCUUUGUAAAGAACUAAAAUAUAAACUAGUUGGUGUAUAAUAAAAAGUAACGAAAUUCUGAGAAGAGUUUUAUCUUAGGAUAAUACAUAUAUAUGCAGUGUGUUCUCCAGUGUGGUAUUAACAGGACUAAUAGUGCAAUUUGAUCCUUACCAAUACCAUUACUUAAAGUGUCCAUUAGCACCCCAAAAUGUACCUCCUAAAUGUACUGAUAAAGGAAAUUGGCUUCUGAUGCAUGAAUAUUUACAUGUACACUGAAAGUAGUCCAUAAUAGAACUUAGUUUAAGCCAAGUGUAGACAGUACAUAACUCCCUUGAGAAAGAAUUAAGCUAAAAGAGGGUUGACUUUGCCUCAAAAGGCAGAUCGAACCCAAGCCCCAUCCAUUACCUAAAUGUGUGAUGUUUCAUCAUUAUUUGGUGAGAAUCACCAAAUUCUCGCCAAUAAAUUGGAUUAGGGUAUGCUGCUUUUUAAAUGGUGGCACUUAUUUUUACAGAUUGCUACUCCAAGGAAGAAAACUGGCCACUUUUCAUGUAAAUAUUUUGUUAAAAGAUUUAUAUAUCUCUCUAGGAGUUUUCCCUUAGUUCCUAGGAUAGAAUCCAGGAGUAGAUUAACAACAAAAAGUCUCCCAAGGAUGUCUUGUUUUGAUUUACUCAAAGGAACUACUGCUCAUUCAUUUGGGCCAAAGGGAAGCUAUGAAUGGAGAGUCACAUGAGCCAGAUUCCCUACUUCAUUGUUCAUAGAACCCAGAGGGUAGUUGUGGGAAAUCCUAACACCAUCGUGAAAUGCUCCUCUGUAAACUUGAAAUCUAGAACAAAUGUAGAUUUUCACAAUGUGCUUAUUAAUAAAUGAUAUCUAUGGAAUGAGUUUUAGAGAUAAUUUACUUCAGUACAAUCACCUUUGUUUUGGAAGGGACUCAGGUUUUCUUGCAGUUGUAAGAUAUGUUCUUUUGUGGUAUUUCAAAGAGAAGAGGAAGAAUGGAGCAGAUACUAUUGACCUUGCAGAGGUUGCUUAAAAAAGUAGUUUUUGAGGCUAACCAACCUUCAGAGGGCAAUAAAGAGAUGUGAACUUGCUCAUUUUAAAGCACAACAGAUUACUCUUUAUUAAUUAAAUAAGAUGGAUACUAUCUCUGGAAGGUCUUAUAUUCAAAUAUGCCGCCUUAUACUAUAAUGGCUUCAUUCUGAUCAGUAAUCAAGGUCUUUAGAAAAUUAAUACCAGAAAAGAUCUUGGUGGUAUAGUCCAAACCUUCAGUUUUACAGAUAGGGAAAACUGAAGGCCAGAAAAGGGACUAAAACUCAGUAGUUCACAGGGGAAGAGGAAAUAGAGGGAAAGCUGAAUUAACUCUUAAAGUUUUCCUAUAAGUGUAGAGAUGGUACAAAUGAAUUUUGCAAAGUAAGUAGUUUUGUGAUAUUAAAAAAACCUACUCUUGAGGUAUAUUUAAUAUUUAUGUAACAAAAGUGGCUUGAUGCAGCUAUUAUUUAAAGAAUAAUGAAUUUUUUGGAUCUGGGUUAAACAUUCUCAGAUUUCUUGAAAGCUGAUAUUCCUAUUAAUAAGUAAUUAUUUUAUUUAUAUAGGAGUGUUCUACUAUAUCACUUUGAAGCCAGAUUUCAAAAAAAUCUGUUUAGGUAAACAACUUCCUAGGUUUACUCAGUGUACCUAUGUUAAAAUAAUUUGGAAGCAGUCUUUCUUUUAAGUUAGGUUUUAAAAAAGUCAGUUAUCAAGAUAUUUUUAUUAAUUUCCUUAUAUAAAUAAAAUAAUCAGGUACUAUAAUUCUUUAUUAAAGGACAUUAACAACGCUUAGUAUUAUAUUGAUAAUGAUUUAAACAUAGUAGCUAGUGAAGACUUGUUUAGGGCAUCUAUUGACAUUGUCAACUGGCCAUUUUAAAAAUAGCUUAAAACUAAGCAUCAGUAUAUGAAAAGACACUGGAACUUUGUUUUCCAGAAGUCACAUGAAUACUGAGAGCCUCUAGUUACGAGAAAAUGGCUGGUUGAGAUGUUUAUUUGUUUUAAAUAAGUUGAAGGGCAGAAUUUGAACUGUAAAGCCAGUUUUGAUUUACAAAACCCUUUGAAAUUUUGUUAAACUGUGGCUUUCCCCCAGAAAACACAUACUAUCUUAUAGUUCAUUUCAUUCCAGCUGAGCAUGCUCAUUUCACAGUUAAGGAACCAUGCCCAGAAGUCAUAUGCCUGGCACCACCGCAUGGUGGCGGUAGCGGACUCACGUUUACCCAGAACCCGAUGGAGCCUCUGCUGCUACAGGACAGCUUAGGCAUAGGCAGUGAGUGAAAGAAGCUGUGUAAGAUAAACAGAGAAGAAAUGAGAGAAGCAAAAUAAGCAGUUGUUUUAUUGUGCACAUGAAUAAAAAGAAAUCGUAUGGGAAAUAUGUGACUGAGUUAAGCAUGUUUUAACUUUUUUACUAUUUGAGGGGCAAAGGCCUACACAGGUCCUCAUAUAAUAUAUAACAGAAAAUAGAACAGUAACAUCUUUAUACAAUAACCUGUUAGAAAUGGUAAGUUUAAGUGUAAAGUUGUGCGUGCCUGCGGCUCUUCAAGAUUAUCAUGCGUAGAUUGGACCCUGCCCUAUGUUAGAUAUUAAAAACACACCACAACCAAAAAACACUCGGGUACUUAGAAUUGACUGACUUACUACCAUGAGAAUUCAGAGUAAUAAAUGGUGACAGUAGUAGUAUUAAGUCAAAACUAGUCAAGCACAUAGUGUUCCAGGGAAGCAAAGGCAUAGUUCAUCUUCUCAAAUUAUUAAAAAUACGUAAUUCCAGUUUCUUGUUCUUGAGUUUGGAAACUUCUGUUUUCCAGACACCUAAGAAAAAUGUAUACCUUCUGCAUUGAAUCCAUGUAGCAAUCUGAAAAAAGAAACCAAAAUGAGAUGGUAUUGAAAGGUAAUUUAUUGCACAUAAUAAUGCAUAGUUCCUAUACCACGAAUUCCAAAACAAACACAUCAGCAAACCUCUGAAGCCCACCCACUCCUAACACUAGUCAUUAUAGAAACGUCAUUCUUCAAUUAAAUUUGCAAGAUAUAUAUUGGUUAAAGUCACAUUUUCUUGCCUCUUUUGUCACAGCCUAUGUGUCUUAAGUUAUGGUGAAUCUGACCAAAUUAUCUUAGACCUCUACUAUCCAGACAUAAGAGCUCACUGGCGCUUGUUCUGUUUCAACAUGGUAAGUGAACAAGAAGCUGUUUGGAACUAGAGACAGAAGAAAAAUGAGUGGGUCAUCUUAAUGUUCACUUUUCCCUCUCUGGGCUCACUAUUACUCAGGUUCCAAUUAAGUACUUAACACAUUGCUUUUCUCUCCAUACCUUUGUUACCUAUUGGAUGCUAAUUAGCAAACUGCAUAUGCUUAAUAACCUUGAAGAAAUUUGGUGAGAAUUAAAGUAAGCUGAAAUAUUUCUAUAUAGACCGGAGAUGAUUUUCAGGAUGGCCCACAGGAACAGCUGAAGAUGGAUGAGAAUGUUUGAAAAAGGAAGACAGGUACUUAUGAGUGCUGCUCAACUCCUAGGAUUAACCUCUGAGGAAGACUCAGUAGUACUGCUAGCCUGCCAAUAUAAAAUAUAAACCCCAUCUGUCUUAUAUGGAACUGUGCUGCCAGCUUAGAAAAGUCAAACCAAUUACUUGUAUAACAAUCUACCCUCAUUUUUUAUUCAGCUCCUAGAACAGGGACGUUCUAAACAUGAAAUGACUAAAUAGGCAAAAACUGUUCAGUAAGUGAUAGUUUAUUAGGAAAUCAAAGUGUUAGUGCUUAAAAACAGUGAGUAUAGGUAACUGAAGGCUUAUUCUGCUUUCAUAAGACUAAUCUGCUUAAUUCAAGGAAAACAUUUGGGUUUGCACUGCCCCAUUAAUUAUGACACCCUUCUUUUAUUUUAGGUGUGUAGAACUUGCCUCAGUCGACAAAAUAAGUAACUAUAUUCUUAAACCAGUUAGAACUGAAAACCAGGUAUGAUUGUAAUUGACAUUAUUUCAUGUGUAGGAUCUAUUUAACAAUAACUCUUCCCAGUACAGAAAAAGAAUGAGAUUCAAUGACAUGUGUUAUGCUGCUUCUACCUUACAGGCUACUUUGAAGACACACACUAUUAAGACUAACUAUGAAUGGGAUUUGGGGGAGGAGGCUGAAGGGGAGGAGCACACAUACCACAACACACAUUGACACAGAGGCUGUCUCCAGGCUCGGACUGUUCUUUAUUACUGUUCUUAAAAUGUUCAUUCUGCUGCAGCUAACUAGCCUCCAUCUUCUACACCAAAUACUAUUCCAUACUAUGGAAGUGCUAUGCAAUAACCCCAGGUAGCACCUUACACCGCUUAAAAGCCUUUAAAUCUCUAAUCGGAAGGUGUCACAGUAAAGAAAUGUAAACACUUAGGAAAAAAGAACAAUGUAAUUACCUGAUGAAGUCAUCUAUGUCCAUGGAACGGGCCCGCUUGUCACUAAAACCUGUGCUGGUUAGGAUUUGCUGUAUUUUAUCUGCUAUGCUGAAAUCUUCUGGUAUUAUCUAUCAAUAUAAGAUUCAGAAUAAAUGAACAACAUAUCUUUAA